AUGGAUAAUAUAACAUUAAAAAGCUUUGAAAUAAAUUCGGAUUUAAUUAAACCUGCUGCGGAUCCACUUGAAAAUUUAGGAAGUGAAUGUCGCGUUAUAAAAAGGAUGUUCUUUAAUUCCCCUGUGGCUGAAAAAGAAAUUGGCAAAUUCAAAAAAAAUGAUCAAAGGCUUAUUGAUUUGGAAAAGGAAGCCAAAUACCUUCAUAAAAUUUGUAAUUGUAGAUUUGUUCUUACUUUCGAUAACAUCUACCUAACCUCUUGCUUGCAAGUUAAGCUUCAUGGUUUUCGCUUAGCGGAAGAUUCAUCUAUUUCACCGGUUAUGUUAUCUUCAGCUAGUGAAGAUACGGAUCCUAGAUGGACUCCUCCCGAAAAAAUUCGAGAUAAAGUGUAUACUAAAGACAGUGAAAUUUAUAGCUUUUCUAUGGUUCUUUGGGAAAUCAUUAAUCAUGAAAUUCCAUUCAACAGCGGCAUGUUUCCUCAAGUUAUAAAAAAUAAGGUUCUCGGUGGAGAACAUCCGCAACCAGAGAGAACCAAUGGUACUCCCGUUGAAUAUCAGGAAAUAAUGGAAAAAGGUUGGGACAUUAAUCCUAAUAACCGUCCAACCGCUCAACAAAUGCUUGAUUUCUUAACGGUAUUAGAUUUAUUUGAAGAUGCAAAUCGUAAUAAAGAUCUUUUUAAUAGGGCUGUGGGUAUUAUUAAGGUUGGGAAGGACAUGCUUAAUGAAAUAAAGCAAACUAUCGAUCAAUCAACGAAUCUUUAUUGGAAGGAUUCCAUUGAAGAAUCUUUAGCUUUUCAAAAGUAUAGUAAUUAUUUAUUAAAUAUUGAGGACGUCAAGGCCUUUAUAGAAGUUGAUAACGAUGAGGUUCGACAAGAAAUUUCAAUGUUAAAUGAUGAAUUAGAUAACAUAACAAAUGAAUUACAAAAAUUUGUUAAAAAAUGGAAAACUGACUUUAAUAAAUGUAGAGUAACUAAAAGAAAAUUUAAAACGGCCGCUAGAAUGUUGAUUUUAUAUAAAUCUAUUUCGCAAUCAUCUAAAAUGGACUGUGAAAUUCCAUCAUAUUUAGUUGAUACAGAGAAUUCAUCGGUUGUUCCUGGAAGUAACAAGAUCAAAAAAGGGCUUUAUAUGUACAGUACGUCGGUAGCUGAAAAAUUAAUUGGAAAAUUUGAAAAGAAUGAUUCAAGACUUUUAAAAAUGCAAGAAGAAAUUGAUUACCUGAAAAAACUUAGUGAAUGUGAAAAUAUACUCAAGGUUCAUGGACUCGUUCAUCGAAAUUCUAAUUGGAGCGUUAUUAUGAAGUGGGGUGAAUAUAAAUUACAACCUUAUCUUGAAUCGAAUCCAAUUAUGGAAUGGACAAAGAAAUUAUCGAUCGCACGCGGAAUUGCCGAUGCUUUGAAUUUUAUUCACACAAAGGACAUCUUACAUUAUGAUAUUACAAGUGAUAAUAUUUAUUUGGAUAUUUUCUUACAACCUAAACUUUGUGGUUUUCGUAUUGCAAAAGAUUCGCCAAUCAUAAUGAAUUCGAAUAAUGAUAUAACGAAUUCGAGAUGGACUCCUCCUGAGAAAUUUCGAGAGGAAGAAUACACUAAAGCCAGUGAAAUAUAUAGCUAUUCUUUAGUCCUCUGGGAAAUCAUUAAUCACAAAAUACCGUUUCACAACGUUGAUCCUAAAGAUAUUAGAAUCAAGGUUCUUAAUGGAGAACAUCCACAACCCGAAACUGCCAAUAACGUACCAGUCGAAUAUCAAGAAAUAAUGAAGAAGGGAUGGGAUUUGGAUCGAAAUAGCCGACCAACCAUUAAAGAAGUAAUUAAUGUAUUGAAAAAAUUAGAUACAGGGUUACAUAGUGGCAAGAUCGGAGAUUAUGAUAAUAACUUUCUUUCGCCAAAUACAGCGUUUAAAGAUGAUGCUUCAUUUGAAGAUAGUGCUUCCUCAAUUCAUUCAGAUUAUUCAAUUAUUAAUUAUAAUACCGCCGAUUUAAAUGUUGCAUCACAAGUUACGAAAAAGUCUAAGGCUUUAGACAAGUUUAAUCCAUUCCGUAAACGUUUAGAUAUUGAAGAAGCGAUGAAAUUACAUAAUAAAAGACAAUACAAGAAAGCAUGGAAAUUAUUUAAAGCUAUUGAAGUAAAAACUGGGACGUCUGAAGCAAAAUUUUGUGUAGGAUACUAUUACCUCAAAGGUCACCAUGAGGGACGUGGUGGAAAACCAGAUCCAGAUUCAAGUUUAAAAUAUUUAUAUCAGGCAGCGAAAGAUGGUCAGCGUAACGCUCAAUAUUGGUACGCUGAAGUAAUUUUAAAUUCAAAUUAUAAUUUAAAAGCCAACAAAGAUGACAGAAACCAUCAACUUGCGAUCGAAUUUUUAGAGAAGGCUGCUAACCAAGGUUGUAUUUCCGCUAUGAGAGACUUGGGAGAAAUUAGGAAGCAAGGAAAGUACGGUAGCUCACUUGAUAAGAAUGUUGGAAAGGAAUUGAUUAGUAAAGCUCAUACUAUGAGUUUACUUUGUUCCCUUGAUGGUUUAAGUUAG